AUGCAUGGCACCUUAUUGAAAAAAUUCCAAAUAGAUCCCGUUGUCAAUUUUCUUAACCUUCACGCAAUCACAAUUUCAGUUGACGAAACUCAGGACACAACCAAAAUUGACCCGGGAACAAUUGUCUGUAUCCUUCUUCAUUCCAACCAAAAAAUCCCAAAUUGUUCUCUUUAUAAUUACGUUAUAGUUCCAAAUAAUUAUUCAAUCAAAGACUUUCUCUCUCCUUUUUUGAACCAAAAACUGUGUCCACACUGCAACUCUCCGAUCUCGUUCCACAAAACGUCACUCAUCUUCUCAAAUUACAAGAUUGACGUCAAGACCGCACUCACAUCGACACCCGACAAAUCACUCAAUUUAGUCAGAUCGCGAUGUCUCAAAUGUCAAUUGUGUUCAGAAGCGUGGCCAAUUCGAAACAGUUUAUAUGACACACCACUUUCAGAACUAUUAAUUGGUCUUUCAAAAACGAAUUCGCUCGAACUCCCAAUGAUGCCGCCCUUUGCUUGCAAACAUGGACCAAACCAGAUCUUGGAAUUCACCGGAAAUGGAGUUGCAGUCCACAUCGAAGCGUCAAAGUAUUCACCCUUUCAAAUCUGCCGAGAUAAAUCGUGCGGAACGGCCGACGCCGAGAAGGAAAGUUAUUUCAGUGAAAUGACAAAAACGAUGGGGAAAAUGUCGAAAGAGAUUAUGGCAAUGCGAAAAAUCAUUCCAACUGUCCAAAAGUCCUUUGAGACACGGCACAAUCUCUACAACAUGCUGAAUGAGAUGGAAACAAAAUUUCUUGGGAAAAUUCUUGUCAAAAUCACGUUUUCUCAGCUUGUCAGAUUGCAAAAAGAGUUUUUUGUCGAAACGUCGAAGAUAUAUGAAAUAUUACAAGCGGAAAUUCCACCCGAAGUCUUCCGCAAGAAAUGCAAUGAAGUGAACAGUUUUAAGAGCGAAGAAAAGGAUUCCCCCGAUCGGCUUUUACCUUUCAAAACACCACAAGACUUAGUUAACACACGGCAGUCUUUUAAAGGUUCAAAAACACUUUUAAAUACUUCCAAUACGCUUGACAAAGCAAUCAAUCGGAAAGUGAUGGUUUUACAUGUUGAAGAAGAACAAAUGGACUUAUCGAUCAUGUGGGACGACACUUUGAUCUUUGAGAAGGACAAUUUGUUCAUCAAGUUAUCUUCUAAUGCGAUUCCGGUUUUAUUUUCGAUAUCACUUUUAAGCGAAUCGUAUCGAACAUUUUUAAAGUCAUUCAAGGUCACACCAAAGAGCACAUUUAGCGAAGACACUUUGGAAAGUAUAUUGACGAGUUCGACGACUCCACAUUUCGAUUUCAAAAUUAAUAAGACGGUGGGAGGACAAAGUGUAGUGUUGGAGUCUACUCUCUAUUUUGCACCACAAUUUCUGAUGUUGAGAAAUUUGUGUUAUGGGAAGUACCAUGCCGCAGACGUUGUUGACCAGAGCAAUACCUACGAAGACGAAUUUAUUAAAUCAAUUGCUUUUAUAUUAGAAACUACGACGUCUGGCGGUAAGAGUAAAAGCGACUUCUAUAAGAGUUACGACGAGCGGUUCUUAUUGAAAGAGAUGCAAACUGUUGAGCUUAAGGCGUUUUUGUUGAAUGGUCCCGGGUACUUUCGAUAUAUGAAAACCCACCACGAGAGUCUGUUAGUGCGCAACUUGGGAGUUUUCACGGCGGGAAUGAAAAUUGGGUCGACGAAAAUCGAGAAGAUCACAUUUCUAGUUAUGGAGAAUGUGUUUUAUGGGCAACACCCUAACAAAACGUAUGAUCUCAAAGGAACAUUGAAGAAACGGACCUUAGAUGAGGACGAAAUGAAAGUGGGGUUGGACGGGAAUUUAGUGAAUUCGCUUUCGAAGAAGCCGAUUGUAAUAGACAAAGCGAAAAAGGAAGAUAUGAUGGAUCUGAUCAUCGAAGACACUAAGAUGUUAGAAAAAGGGGAUAUUAUGGACUACUCUUUGAUUGUUGGGAGAGACGAAAUGACACAACAGAUAUGUGUGGGGAUUAUCGACUUCUUGAGGACAUUCACUUGGGACAAACAAAUUGAAAGCUUUGUCAAAAAGAUCAUUGCUCUUGGAGAAAGUCCCACUGUUAUCAACCCAGAACUGUAUAGAAAUAGGUUAUUAGGCUUUGUCAACUCAGUAUUCAUGGUUAUGCCUGAUGUUAAUUUCUUCGAUUAA